ACCUACAUCUCGUUGGGGGUGUGCCGCUGCUCGUGAAUUUUUUCGCUACUUUACUGCUCUUUUUCCCUUGCGAAACUUACCUGGCUGUACUGUACUGUACCGUCGUAAUCGACCUUAUUUUGACUGUCAAAAAGUGCGGCAGCAGCGUCUCCCUCUUCUUCCUCUUCUUCUCUACAUUGUAUUGUAUCGCAUUGCGCUGCAUUGCUUCGCGCCCGGGAAAAACAAUGUCUUCUACACGAUCAUCUUCAGUGCAACCGCAGAGAGACCGACCUCUUCAUGAGCUUCUCUCUCGCGACAUGGUCGACAUCUACGUCGGCCCGCAAAAUACGCACUGGACGCUCCACGAGAAACUCCUCUGCUACCGCUCGCGCUUCUUCCGCAACAUCUUUCGUCAACAGAAAAACGGUCGCACGAAGAAUUCCAUGUACGGGCUUCCCGACGAAGAAGACGAACCCUUCAAACUCUUCGUCGGAUGGCUCUAUUCCGAACGAAUCCCCACUCCCAAAGAAGAAAAAGACCUCUCCCACCUCCUCGAUGUCUAUCUCAUGGCCGAACGGUGGGAAAUCAAAAAUCUCCUGCAUGAAGUGCUCGACGCCGUGAGAAUUUAUUACGCGGAAACGGAUUCCUGGCCGUCGCUCCGGAGAGUGCAGUAUAUUUAUGCGAACACGGAAGAGGAAUCGCCGAUGCGGAAACUUCUCGUGUCGUGUGUGACGAGGAUGCUGGUGACGAGUGAAGGUGUCCCGCCACAUUGGGAGAAUGCGUUGCAGAAGAAUGGGCAGCUUGCCGUGGAUAUUAUUCGUUGUGUGCAGAGAUGGCAUGUGGAUCCGCAGCAGGUUCCAGAUGCGAGGAGGCAGAGUGUAGAUGAGCAUGUGGUGGCUGCGCAGGCAGAUGGGUACAAGGAGGACAAGGAUGAUGAGGAUGAUGAAAAGUUGGAUUGGGGCGAUGGUUUGAGUGCGCCAAGUCGCGAUCAGAGCCGAGCUGAAGAGGUACAACAGCAACAAGAUCAACAAAAUGGUGGCCAGAAGGGACAGAAUGGCCACUAGAGGGAAUGGAUGCGCGUUUCGAAGUCGUGGAGCCGGGGUCGUAUCACAAACAGUGUGGUAUGGUAUAUCUUUAUCUUCGAGCUGGCUGGUGCAGCGGGUAGUCUGUCACUUGUUUCGCUUCACUUCUGUUUCGCUUUCGCAUUCCGUUUCGCUUUCACAUUCCGACCAAAACACCGCGGUCUCUCCUCUUAGAGCACAAAUGCCGCUCCUGCUCCCAGUCCCAGUAUAACCACCUGCUCCACAGUCCCUCCCAUAACAGCCGCGACUCCCCCCGCCGCCGCACUCGAAGUAGUUGUAGCAGCAGUCUGCGUGAUUGUCGAAGUCGAAGCCGAACCCGUUGUACUCGUGAGAACGACUGUCGUACUACCACUGGUCGGUGUCUCCGCAUCUGUAUUGGUGCCAACGACUGGUAUCAGGCUGGCAGUGUCUUCGGUGCUGGUAUCUGUCCUCGUGCCGGAAAGUGCUGUCAAGGUCGCGCUACUGGCGGUCGUGGUCGAGACGACGGUGGUGGUUAAGCUAGCGGUGAGGGUAAUGCUUUGCUCCAUCGGCCCAGGGGCGGAGAAGGGUGGUGCUGUUGUUUCUUGUGCGUAGACGCCGCUGAGGAGCGAGAGGAGGGCUGUUGGGAGGGAGUAGUACUGGUGCAACAUCAUGGCGGUGGUGGCU